GGUGCCGUACCGAAGGAGAUUGGAAAUCUUACAUCCUUGAUUAAUUUGUAUCUUAACGACAAUCACUUGACAGGAAUAAUUCCGUCUUCUAUCCUCAACGUUUCAUCGUUGGAAUACAUACACCUUAACGGUAAUGAACUAUAUGGAAGCAUACCCACGAAUUUGGGAAAUUUACGGAACCUCCAAGAGUUGUCUCUUAGCAGCAACAAUUUAACAGGUUCCAUACCGAUGCAAUUUGGCAACCUCAAUUCCCUGAACUUACUAGAUUUGAGUAUCAAUAAGUUUACAGGUUCCAUACCGAUGCAAUUUGGCAACCUCAAUUCCCUGAACUUACUAGAUUUGAGUAUCAAUAAGUUUACAGGUUCCAUACCGAUGCAACUUGGCAAUCUCAAUUCGCUAAAAUAUCUAGAUUUGGGUACCAAUAAGUUUACAGGUUCCAUAGCCAACCAAGUUGGUAACCUCACUUCGCUAGGAUGGUUGAAUUUGGCAAACAAUAAGUUCAAAGGCAAAAUUCCAACCUCUAUCACCAAUGCUUCUCAGCUUGAAUAUAUAAACUUGAGCAAUAACUCAUUCGCCGGCCCUAUCCCCGACUUCGGUAACCUAAGACAGCUGCAGGACCUUGGUCUAUGGGAUAAUAAUCUGAGUGGGGUAGAAUCGCCGAAUCAAGAAUUGGGAUUUCUCUCUUCUUUAACUAACUGCCCAAAUUUGACGAGUUUGGAUAUUGGUAACAAUCCGAUGAUGAAUGGUAUCCUUCCAGCUUCCAUUGGAAACUUGUCAUCUCUUAUCAGAUUUACAGCAUAUAACUGCAGCAUCAGAGGUAUAAUUCCUCCUGAAAUUGGAAAUUUGAGGAGUUUGGAGGUUUUGGAUUUAUCCAACAAUCAACUCACAGGAUCCAUCCCAACUACAUUUCCAGUGGGGUUUAUUCUGAUUUUGGGUUUAUCCAAUAAUCAACUCACAGGAUUCAUGCCGACUACAUUUUCAAAGGAUUGUAGGCUUAUGUCACUCGACUUGAAUGGUAAUAAGUUGGCAGGAACAUUACCCCAAUCCCUUUCAAAUUGUGGAAUACUGCAGGUUCUUGAUGUUGGAAACAAUAGAAUACAAGACACCUUUCCAGUUUGGACCGGAAAUCUUACCGAUCUUAUGAUCCUGGUAUUGAGGUCCAACAACUUUAGUGGUACCAUUACUUCUCUCGCUUCCAAUACUACUCUUCCAUUCCCCAAGUUGCAAGUUUUUGAUGUAUCACAUAAUGCAUUCGUUGGAAAUCUGCCGAAUGAAUAUUUGAGGAACUUCAAAGGGAUGAUAGGUGCACAUGUGUAUUAUCCGUAUGAUCCAAAAAUGUCUUACUUUUAUAGAUAUUCAUUGACAUUAACUGCGAAAGGUUCAGAUCUUGAAUAUCAGAGAAUGUUGACAAUCUUGACAACAAGCGACAUGUCAUCCAACAGAUUCUCAGGCAGUAUCCCAAGUUCCAUAGGAAAAUUGAAUUCCUUGAUAUAUUUGAAUCUGUCUCACAAUGGCCUCACAGGAGGUAUACCUGCAUCUCUUGGAAACAUUACAGAACUCGAGUCGUUGGACCUGUCUUCAAACCGAUUGGAAGGGGGAAUUCCAACAGAGCUAACAAAUCUCACAUUUCUUUCGGUGAUGAACCUUUCCAUGAAUAAUCUUUCAGGGAAGAUACCUCAAUCCAAUGGCCAGUUUUCCACAUUUGAAAAUGCAUCAUAUAUUGGGAAUUCUGGACUAUGUGGAAUUCCUUUAUCACGAAAAUGUGAAGAGCCUUCGCCUCCAGUUAUGCAGAAAGAAGAUGGUGAUGAUGAUUAUGGUAUUCUGGAUGGAUUCUGUUGGCAAGCUGUUGUUUUGGGUUAUGGAUGUGGAUUCGUAGUAGGUGGGAUUGUGGGUGGUCUGGUUCUUGGGUAUGGAAGGCCUAAAUGGUUGGUGGAAUGGAUCUACAGAUUUUACAGGAUAAAGAUGAGCAGCCGUAAAGGAAAUGUGGCACCACAAAGAAGAAGAAGAAGAUAAGAAGGUUUGAGCCUUUGAUGUUGAAUAAUGGGUAUUGCCGUCCCGUAUUGUUGUUUUCUUAGAUUUAUUUGCAUGUUAUACUGAACUUCCUAAAUUAUGUUGAAUAUUAAUGAAUGGUGCUUUU